AACCCUACACUAGAUCCGUUGUAUUGUGAAUGACAAAGCGAGCUAAUGAACUGGGAGCGGUUGUGUGUGUGUGUGUGUGUGUUUGUGUGUUUGUGUGUUUUUUAAUUUAGUCUUCUCUGAAUAAACCUUUAAUAAACGACACAGUUUUGUUUGCGUAAAGACUGAAACGUAGCCUGGGCUGAAAAGAUAUGAACCAAGUAAGCUAGCUAACUCUUAAUGUUUAUCCAGCCUUCCCUGCCAGACUGGAUACCGUUUGCGUGCCGUGAUUAAAGAAGAUUCCCUGCUGUUACACACACACAUACACACUCCUUACCAGGAUCACCAUGCUGGCCCUGCUGUUGACUACUCUGCUGGCCGUACACUCGAUCGCUCUGGAAGUGCACGUCCCUGAUUUCCCAGUGGUGGUGCUGUACGGGACGGACGCCAUCCUCAACUGCACGUUCUCCGGGGCUAAGAAUUUUAACCUGUCCCAGUUGAGCGUGUUCUGGCAGCUGUCUGACACUCAGAGGAGCGUGCACACUUACUAUGAUAAGCAGGACCACUUGGUCGAUCAGGACGAUCGGUUCGCAAACAGGACUAGCCUGUUUGCUGCAGAGUUAGCAUCUGGUAACGUGUCGCUGCUCCUGAGGAGAGUCCGAGUGGCAGACGAGGGCAGCUACACGUGCUUCGUUAAAGCGGACGAUUACAGCAAGGAUUCCAUGUUCAUGCAGGUGGCAGCCCCCUACUCCAAACCCUCAGUGACCUGGGAAACCGACACCGACCCUAAGCCAGGCGACGUGGUAGAACUGACCUGCCUUUCGUACGGCGGCUACCCCGAGGCUCAGGUGCUAUGGCAGGAUGGGAGUGGGCAAAACCUGACAGAGAACGUCACCGUCUCACCCGUAGCCAAUGAGCAGGGUCUUUUCACAAUCAGGAGUGUCUUGACGGUGGUCCUUGAACCGAACAGCACCUACAGCUGCAGACUGACCAACCCACUUCUAGGGGACGAGGGUCACGCCUCCGUCACCAUUACGUCCCAGGCACCGGUAUUUCCUCAAGUGGCUAUGUGGGUAACGAUUGGUCUGGCGGUCUGUUUGCUUGGUCUCCUCAUUGCCUUGGCUGCUGUCUGCCACAGGAAAAUCAAAGAGAGCUGUGAAGAGAUAAGAGCAGAGGAAGAAGCCAAAGAACUUGAGGAAGCCAAAGAACUUGAAGAACACAAGACAGCUGCAACACCUCUAAAGAGCUAAAGGCAACGAGCACAGGGUGAAACUACACGUGAAGCAUGGAGUCUCGCAUUAACCUUCAGUGCAACAUGCCGUUCAACAAGACACACACACACACACACACACACACACACAAACACAAACUGGAUGGUACAGGACCAUUUUGGUGUUUUAGCCCCUAUUGCUUAAAAUCAAGAAAAUAACAAUUCAUAUUGCUAAAAUGUUUAUAUUUUGCACAUUGACAGAAAACAAAUGCUGUUUGCCUUGUUCCCAGUUUUAGAUUGAUGCAAAAUAUCAAAGUCCGUAUCACUCACCGAUUUAUGUCCGCUGUCAUUUCUUUCAAUUUAAAAUUCAACUGUUUUUUCGUUCCUUUUAUACAACAUGAAUUAUAAUAAGACGUUCUAAGUAGCCUAGCUUCUCUCCAACAGCUUCAUUCACUCCCUGUGUUCAUCAUAAAGGACUUGAGAAUCACCUAUCAGGAUUUAGAAUUGUAUACAGUGUUUUAAACAAAAAAAAUCAGCUUGAAGGACAUUGAUGCCAUAUGACAAGCUUCCAGCUCCACCACUGACACCAGCUCGCUCCACUCUGCAUGCUGAGCCUUGCCUCAUGUUCCACAUCACAUCUAAUGGAAAGUGAAGAGCUUAAGAGCAAAGCCAGCAAGGAAGCUGUUGUCAGUGUGUCCAGCAGAGUCAGAGUCUCUCUAUCUUUCUCACGUCUUCUCCACCAGAGCACUAGUACGGACUAAUUAAAGCCUGCCCUUGAACCAACAUGUUCUUGACAGCAUGUAGCUGUUUCUGCAAAUUCAGUGACAUUGGGGAGAAAUUUGUUUGUAUUUCAGCUUGAACAAAUUGCAAGUAGAUCAUGGUACACACCUAGGUUUCUACAGUAUUUGUCCAGACGGUGCUAUGGUGAGAAAUGGUUUAAUAGAUACUGUGAGGUGGAAUCUUGUAUGCUGGGAUUUUUUUUAACAGUGCUUCUUGAUACUAGUGCCAAAUAUACCGAAGUGUUUUUCCCCUAAUGGAUUCAUUUUGCCUGUAUGAACAUGCUUUAAAUAAUAAAACGAUUUGUCAUUAAAA